AUGUCAUCAAGGAUCAAAUCUGUGGAAAAUAAGAUUCAGAAGAGCCCGCAACAUGUGCUUGUUCCCUGCUCUGAACUGGAAAAGAGUUUAUCUAUGGACCCUGCCGACGUGCGCGCUGAACCCAAUCUCAUCGAGAGAUGCUUUAUCUUGAUGGUGGCAAAUUUGAUCAACUUGCACCUAGAAAAUGUUCAGAGGAAGUAUUCCCUUACCGAGGAAGAACAUGAUGUUUGCGGACCCGUUGUGGGCGAAACUCUGACCACGAAUCAUCAAGCUUCGAUGAAGGAUUUGAUGAUUCAGAUGGCCAAUCAUCCUUCGGUACCUCUCCGGCUGCUUGAUCGGGCUCGUGAACCUUCGCUGUUGGUCGCUGAAUCACAGAAGGGUGGUACGAUUGCAACAUUCCGUGAAUGGAAGUAUCAUAAAUGCCCUGCGCAUAAAAGAUUUGCUUGGGGAUGUUUGCAGGAAAUAAUGGAACGACCAAGUGAUGCCAAACGUUCCCAGAUUCGUCGUCUACUCAUGACCACCAUACGGAGACGGGCCAGUAGGCAACUGCAUGCGUACGGAUUGCAUCUUAUCAUGCGAAACAAGAAGUCAGCACGCAUCAUGAACCUCUUAAUGAAUAUGGAAAAGGCAUUGAGUGGAAGAUCCCCUUCUGUACUUCUGUCUUCGAACAAGAGCAAAAGUUCAUGCACCGAUAUCUCUCGAAUUGGUCAGCCUCUACACUUUGGAAAUUCAUCAAUGGCGAGCAAUGGGUUUGACAUUAUCCUCCUAGCCACAUAUGUGGCGAUCUCUUCUGGGCGUGGGCCUAUGCCAUAG